AUGCUGCGGUGCCAGUUGCAAAUGAUGAGCCUGUUGCAAAUGUUUGAACCAGUUGCAAAUGCUGAGCCAAAUACUGAUGCCAACGCCGACAUUGAUGCUGAAGCAAAUGCGGAUGCGGAUGACAAUGCCGACGUAAAUGUCAACGCCGAUGCAAACAACGCGGAUGCCAAUGUGAACGCUGACGCAAAACCCCGAUGCCAACGCCGUAGCCAACGACAUCGCCAUCGCCGCAGCCGCCACUCAAGAUCUAGAAGACGCCGAAGAAGCGAAGUCCCUGUCCCGCCCGCUGCCCCCGUGCAGAUGCCGAGACUCCCGCACCCCCGCCCCCGCCCGCAGAAGAGCCCAAACCAAAGAUGGGCCACAUCCGGCACGAGCCACAGCAGCACGUGUAACCCCAUGAAGCAGCUCGUCGAGCUUGUCGAGGAGGAGGCUGCAAAGGUGAGGAGUCUGUAA